CAAAGCAAGUCGAAAGUGAAAAUUGAUGUGAUAAAACGAGAUUUAGCCUUUAAAACUGAAUUUUUUCGAAGAAAUUUACAAAAAAGCUGUGAAAUUGUUGUUUUGUCGUGUUAAAUGUUGCGAAAAUGUCGUGUGAAAUUAAAAAUUACGGGAAAUUAGAUUUGCCAAAGAUUCAAUCGUUGUUCGGAUUGGGCUCAGAAGAAAAAUGGUUGCAGAACAUUGCUCACUCGCUAGCUCCAACAGGAGAGUCGAUGGUUUUCGGACACGGUUCCAAGGUCGCAUAUCUCGAGUCAAAAUUCAAUUAUGAGAAGCAAGAAAGUAAUUUUGAUGUUUGUUGGACCCUCGAAAUCGAUCCAAAUGAGCUGAUUACUGCCGUUUUGUGCAUCCCGUUGAUCGGACAAUCGUCGGGCAGUUCAAGUACCACAGACUGGACCUUGAUUGUCAUUGGAACGAGCGCUGGAACAGUUCAUUUUUACUCCGAUAGUCGGUAUCGGUUACUUAGCCAGUUGUGGCAUUCAGGCUGUGUCGUCAAUUUAAAGUGUCAAAGCGGGAAACACAUCAACGAGGAGAUGCACGUCUUGUUUGACGACUGCGUUUGUGUGGUGGAAGGAUACAAUUUGUUUACUGUGCUGCGAACGAUAAGGCAUCAACAUAUAAAAUCAGCGACGAUGCGAACGCAUUUGAGUGAAGACAUGCCCGCGCAAGAGAUUCCAUGCAGAAAAUGGGGAUUUAGUUUGCAGCGGGGGCAAGUUAUUGAAGAUGCAGUCGUUGUGGGACCGCAAAAAGUUUCGACUUUUGAUCAUUUGUUGGCAGCGACGCUCGAAGGAGGUUUUCAUGCCAAAUACAGGGCUGCGCCGCCACAAAAUUCGUUGGUUUUGAGUACGGGCUUGAAGCCGUAUGUGGCUUUUAAUUAUGCGAAAGAGGGAUUUACGCAGCCAGCGUUGACGGAUAUCGCACGAGUUGCCACUAGUUUCAUCAAAUCUGCGUUACCGUCCUGGUUUUCGAAGAGCAAACCGCAACAACCCGAAGUUCCUGCACCGCAAUCCGUUCAAAUGGAGCCCAUGGUUUGUCGUUUCGGGCUCUGUGACUUCACGCGACAAGGUUCCCGCAUCUGGCUCGCACCCAAAGGACAAUUAGCUGUCGUCGCCGAUAACUUGGGUCGCGUAAUCCUGAUUGACUGCAACAAAGGCAUCGCUCUUCGUGUCUGGAAAGGAUACCGUGAAGCGCAAUGUUGCUUCGUCGAAGUGGUAGAAAAACUCCAGAAAAACAUGGAAAAGAAUCAACGAAGACGCGCCCAACUUUUGGUCAUUUACGCGCCACGACGACAAUGCAUCGAGGUGUGGGCGUUGCAAAGAGGACCAAAAGUCGCGACUUUUGCUGCCCCAAAGAACGGCGUUCUCGUGCAGUUCACGUACCACCUCAUGGGCGUCACAAAUACGUCAAAACCGAAAAAUCCGUCGAACGUUUGCAUCUUUAUCGAUCCGUGCGAGAACACGCUGAAGGAAAUUGUGAUUCCAUUCCAUUGCGCACUAAUGAACGAAGACUCGAAAACUGCCAAGGAUUUGCACUUUUACAAACGACUGAAAUUAAGUUUGCGAAAUUUUGAGCCCGAACAGGAGGAAACCGUUCGAAAUGAAAUCGAAACGCUUUGUAUGUCAAUCGAAACGGACGAAAUGUUGCUUCAAGCCAUCGAAAUGUUAGCGGGACACAAAAAAAUUACUCCGGCAAUUUUCAAAACGGCUGUGGAAACAAUUCUCCUGAAGUUAUCCGAGAAGGAGGCAUCUCUAAUGGACACCAGUGACGUACUGGAGGAACAGGAAAUGCCUCAAUGUGAACAAGUCAAGGCUAUUUGCGGCAAUUUUCUUCAUUUGGUGGACUUUUAUCAAGAAAUCGCGCUUGAAAACUUCGUCCGAAGCCAAAAUUUGAACGAAUCCAUGCAAGAAUCGAUGGAGGGACAAGAAAAAAUAAGCAAAAAAGACACUCACAACUUACAAGUGGGCUCCACGGAAUUAGAAACCAUCCAAAAAUUGAUAGAUUUAGCGACGCUCGAUAAGCAAGGCGGCACCGGCGGUCAAAAUAACGGCUUGAAAGUGACGUUUGAGAGUCAAACCAAGUCUGUGAACAGCUUUCACGAGUAUCUUUCGGUAUUUUUCGUUGCUGGAGGCCCAAAUCAAAUUUUAUUAAAAACCGAUAAAAUUGGACUUUACGGCACCGUUGGAGCUGCUCUCUUCGCUCCGUACAUCGAAAAGGGACGCGAUUCGCAUUCGAUGAUUUAUUCAAUGCGCGCAUCUAGCAUCGAUGCCGAAGACCUUCUGAAGCUCUUUUUGCACUACUGGUCCGAAAAAAGUUUCACAUAUCAAAGUAGCGAGGAACUUAUCGUCGACAUGUCUCGUUUUUACGAAGUUCUGAAGCAAAUUUGUCUCUACGCGGACGAUCGCGUGACCUACGAGUACAAUUCCAUCUGCAUUUGGUGGCAAAAUGUCCGGGAAUACCUUCUUGAUAGCUCGUGUGCCUUACGGGGACUUCUUGCGGCGUUCGUUUGUCGCAACCAAGCGUUGAAAUAUCAAGGAAAAAGUCAAUUUGUGACCGCUGGUGAUGGUGAAAACCCCGAAGAAGCCGAUGAAGCGCUCGAGGAAGAGACAAAUUUCGAAGAAGUAUCGCAAGAGGCUUGUCAAUGGACACUGUUGAUCACGAGAUUGGACGAUAUCGCGGUUCUUGGUGCAAUUUUGAACUCCCCGUUGAAGGCAAAAGAGCUUUUCCUACCACCGUUGAAGCAAAAUAACAUCGAAGUGUCCUUAAAACAAGUUCUGGCAGGUGGCAGAGGCAUUAUCACGGAGCUUGUAGCAAAAUGGCUCGCUGCAUCUGGCAUCAAUCCCGUAAAACUUGUCGAAGAAACCCCGGAAAAUCCCGAAACGAGUCCGUCUAAGAGCGAAGGAAACUUGCAAGAAACCCUUUCAAACCAAAAAUUGUCGGCAAAUGACCUGAAUCUGUCCCCAUCAUCGAAAAAAAGCACAAAAAAGUCCGAUUUGGAGCCUUUACUCUUUUGCGUGGAGACUUUGCGUGAACAUUUCCCCUUCAGUUUACAGUCCAAAGCCCUUUUAUGUCAACUUUCAUGGGAUUAUCACUCGUACUGGAGUCACCGAUUACCGGAAUUGCAUUUUAUGAGAGCCGGACUCGAUUGUCUCAAAGCUUUCCGCACACAAGAUAACAGCAUCAAACACGGAACUUGUGUCAUGAUCUGGAACGCACAUCUAAAAAUCACGCUGAAAGCCACAAAAUCGCUCAUCGACAAAACAGGACGACUUCCAAAGGAGAAAUUAUGCUUACAAGACAUUGGGAUCCAGGACGUUUUAAUUCCACAAUUUCUCGAAUAUUGCAUAGAAUUCAUGGACGAGUUCAUAAAAAGUGGCAAAAACACGGAAAAGACUGAAUUACGUUUUGAGGAGUUGUUAAUUGAUGACGGCGAUAAAUAUCCGUUGACGCUGCUGGCUUGCGAGCAAGGAACGGCGAAUUUAGAGUUGCUGGCGUUGCAUGCACAAUUACUGCGAGUCCUGUAUAUCAUUGCGUUCUUCAAUAUAAAGUACCCGAAGCCGAUUCAGACGUUGUUCAAUGGCAUGACGAACAUGGCGUUCUUCGCGGACAUCAAGAAACCGCUAAAUUUUGUGAUUCCCGCAGCGGAUUUGAUCCUCAAAAAGCACCGAAUGGAAUUUUUGUGCAAAUUUGUGACUGCUACGAUGGAUUUGAUUCGUGAGGACCAACAUGACAUCUACAUUGUGGAGCACGACAAGUGGAUGGAACAAGUUUUUGCCCUUGCGGACACCUGGGAAUUGUCUAGAGUUGAAAUUAGGAAGCAUCAAAUUGUUGAACUUUAUGCUUACGGCUGGGACUCGUAUGCGGAAAUUCUGCUGCAAGAAGACCUCGAUAUACAAAAUAUCGGCACCUUACUGCUCAAUAUCGCUGGUCGUCGCUUAAAUCUCUUCACCAAAAACGAUCCGAAGGCUGUGCAAUUGAUUGCUGGUGCUGGUCCCCUUCUCUUUGACUAUCUCGAAAUUCUCGUAAGUGUCUCAAACGCUUAUUACACGCGAAAAUUAGCUCUUCAGAGACCCCGUCGACCAUGCAAACGGAAAACACCAUCGAAAAGUUGAUGAAAUUAACGGAAAAGGCCUUCCAGUACUUGGCGUCGUCGAAUGCGAAGGAAAUUCGCAUUGCCGGAUUGUUGCUUGACGCAGUGGCGACCAUCAAAGAGACUUCCAGCUAAACAUCGCGCAAAAAAAAAACAG